AUGCCAUUGCCACUACCACCCCGAAGCACCAAGUCUGAGACUAAGAAAUCUCAGUCUACCAAAGUUAGGCCCAGUGAUCAUGGCCAGACUGAAAAGAGUGGGGAUAAUUACCAAGGAAAGAAAUCUCCACAUUCACCACAUGGAGCCCUCAAAAAGAGAUCAGCCUUUGAAGAUCUCACCAAUGCUUCUCAAAGUCAAUGUGCACAGUCCAAGAAUGAAGUCAAUAAGGAGUGUGUUAAAGGAGUUUCCAGAAAGAUAAAUAGGAACUCAUUUGCUCUUGGGCUGGCCAGAAACAAUGAGAUGAGUAUGAAAAGGAGACAGUGGAGCAGCGUUGACAGUUUGACAAGUUGGGAGGAUAGCCAAGCCAUGGGUUUCGGUGCCAAGGCAAAAGAAAGAGCCUCCAGUGUCCGGUGUAAGCUGGAACCCUCACCAGCAUCAAUCACUACCACCACUACCACCACUAUGAUAUCAGACAAGGAGAAACCACUCAUUGCAGUGAAGUCUGUCAUCUCUGAAGCUCCUAUGACUGAGGGGUCAUCUUUUCCCAAAAAGCCAUUAGUUCCCAGAGAAGAAUUCACUACUGAGGAGACAGCCUGCAUGAACGAGUUAUUAUCUUUAAAGAAGUGCAAAAAUCCAGGGGAAGUACCCAUCUCAGAGAAGCCACUAUCCUUGCUGAAAGAGACUGACCAUGGUGAUGCAUCUGAUGUAGAUUUGGGGAAGCAUAAAACUGAGGAAGCAGCCGUGACCAAGAGCGCAUAUCAGGGGAAGCAGUCCUGCCAGGGUGAGGAGUCAGUCGUACAGGACAUCAGCAUUCAAGAGGAUCCUGUCUUUAUGGAGCCAGUGACCUUUAGGAAGAAACCUAAAACUGAGAAAUCAAGCCCCAACAAGAUGAAUCGUGCCACUCAGGAGAAGAUGACCUCUGUGAAGAAUUCAUUAGAAUUGCAGAAGGCCACCUAUAAAGAGAAGUCACUCAUUAAGGAACCACUGUCCUUUAAGAGAAAGCCUACCACUGAGAAGUCUCUUUCCCAAGAACCACCAAUAGUGGAAGAAAUGCACACCAAUCAAGGGAAGGCACCCCUCUUGAAGAAAUCAGGGGCAUUGCAGAAGAGUGCUGACACCAAAGAGGAAGCUCCUCUGGUCUCUGCUUCCUUUGAAGAGAAAAAUUCCACCAAUGAGUCAGGCUUGACCAAGAAACAGUUAUCUUUAAAGAAGAAAAAGUGUGCCACUCAAAUGAUGAUGCCUACGUGCCAAGAGCUGCCACAUAAUAUUGACAAAGAAAAGGAUUCCUUCUUUAUGGAGCCAGCGUCAUUUAGGAAGACACCUUCAAUUAAGGAGGCUGUCCUUGCCAAGACAUCAGUAUCUUUAAAGAAAGAAAUCACUCAGGGGAAGAUGUUCCACUUAGAAAAGACUGCCUCUGAAGAGAAGUCACUUUGUGAGAAGCUGUUGACCUUUAAGAAAAAGCCUACAACUGAAGAGGAGAAUCUGUCCGUGUUGAAGGAGAAGCAGCCCACUCUGCAGGAGGUACCCCCCUUAAAAAAGCCUUUGGUCUUGCAGGAGAGCACCACUAAAGAAAAGUCAUAUAUUAAGGAUCCAUUGACCUUGGAGAAGCCUCCCACCAAGGAGUGUAUCCAUCUUCAGGGGUCAUUUUCAUUGCCAGUAAAAUUUACCAGUGAAGAUGGGUCCCUUUUCUGGAAGGGUUUGGGCUUGCAAAAGAUUGAUACUAAAGAUGACUCUUUGAAGAAGCUAUUGGCUUUGCAGGAGAAAAGUACCACUGAAGAGGAAUCCCUUUGCAAGAAACUAUUGGUUUUAAAGGAUGAGCUCUCUGCUGAGGAGGCAACAAACCGGGAGAAACAAUUAUCUUUUAAGAAGAAGUCUACUUUCCAGGAGGAGAAGAAGAAAGAGGUCUUACAAGAGAUCAUUGCCAGUGGAUGGGGGCCCCGUAGUAAGUACCCCUUGACCUUACAGGAGAAGCCAAGCACUGAGGAGGGUGCCCUUCCCAAGGAGUCCUUGGCCUUGAAGGUGAUGCCUAGCAUCAAACAGAAGACUAAUCUGGGGGAAACCUUGGGUUUGCAGAAGGAGGUCAGCAGUGAGAAGACUUUCAAAGAGCCCUGGACUUCGCAGGAGACAGCCACAGAUGAAGAGGAGGUUAUCCUGAAGGAGUCAUUGGCCUUGCAGGAGAAGCCCAGCAGUGAAAAGAAAGCCAUUUUCAAGGUGCAAGAUACCUCUCUGAAUGGUACCUUGACCCAACAAGUUGAGAACAGCCCACAUGUCCCUAGCAUUAACCUCCUACCUGGAACCAGCAAAUACAACACCACCACCAUGCUCAGUGUAGACAAGCUCAGCACCACCACCGUGUCCAUUGUAGGCAAGCCCAGCACUGCCAGCAAGUCCAGCGGCUGUGAAUCCAGUUCCAAUAAAUCUUCCUCAUCUCAGGGCGAGAGAUCACAGAUGACUCCAUUGGAGGAUAUUGACAUGGAGGACCACAAUAAUCCACUUUUCAGCUCAGUAUAUGCUAAUGAUAUCUUUGGUUACAUGAGGAAGAGAGAGGAGAAGUUCAUACUUAGAAAAUACAUGACCAGGCAGACUGACAUCAACAGUGACAUGAGAGCCAUUCUUGUGGACUGGUUGGUAGAGGUGCAGAUGACCUUCGAGGUGAGUCAUGAGACCCUAUACUUGGCAGUGAAGCUGGUGGACCACUAUCUUAUGGCGGCAAUAUGCAAGAAAGAAAAGCUACAGCUCCUUGGUUCUACUGCUUUUCUGAUUGCAGCAAAAUUUGAGGAGGCUACACCCCCUUGCUUGGAUGACUUCCUGUACAUCUGCAAUGAUAUUUAUCAGCGAAACGAGAUGCUCUCCAUGGAAAUGCGGAUCCUGGAAGUCCUCAAUUUUGAUAUCAACAUUCCUACUGCCUAUCAUUUUCUGCGCAGAUAUGCAAGGUGUGUUCACGCUAGCAUGCAGACCCUGACCUUGUCCCGCUUCAUCUGCGAGAUGACCCUGCAGGAAUAUGACUAUGUCCAGGAAAGGGCUUCCAAGCUUGCCGCUGGUUGCUUCCUCUUGGCUCUCCACAUGAAGAAUCUUGGACACUGGGUACCUACCCUGGAGAAUUACAGUGGCUACAAGACCUCUGAUCUUCGCCUGUUAGUCAGGCACCUGAACAUCCUGUUGACUUGGCGUUCUGGUACUAGACUCAACACUGUGCGUACCAAGUACUCUCACCAGGCCUUCUUUGAAGUCACCAAGGUCCCUCCAUUGGAAAUGUUGAAGCUAGAGGAGAUUUUGAACAAUGGCUGAUUUUGAGGCUAGGGGCUUAGCACUCUGGCAGCAGCCACCAGAGGCAGGCGGGCAGUAGAGAGGUUCUAUUGGUUCUAUUUAUUUGAUAUUUGUAUUUGUCUUUUGUCAUUUUCUCCAGUUAUACUCUGUUUGUUUGUC